UCUGGGACAUUAGGGUCAUAAUGGAUUACCAAAAGAUGAUGACUCAGGUGUGUGUGUUUUAGUGAGGGUUGAGUUGAGACACCAAUCUCUCAGUCCCAUUUCUCUCUCAUGCUGCCUCACCGUCACCUGCGUCUUCUUAUUUCCACACACUUUUAAGCAGCAUUUAUCCUCUGCGUCUGUUUUCUCUUUGCAAUGUCUCCUCUCUUUGUUGCCUAGCAGUCUCCUGCCCUAAACAUGGAUAUCGGAGGCCUGACCACAGUGGUAGCAAACUCUGCUUACAUCAAUGCUCGUGGAAGUUUUGAUGGCACCAAUACAGCAUCAUCCCGGGAUAAAAAGUACCACUCCCGCCUCAGGCUGCCCGACCUCCCAGUGUGUGAGGGCCUGAGGGACACCCUGGAUGUGACCUUUGACUCGGUGUGUGUGGAGCAGCCCAUCGGCAAGCGCCUCUUUAGGGAGUUCUUGGAUAAAGAUGCAAAUGUAGAGUAUCACGGGGCUUGCCGUUUGUGGAAAGACCUGGAGGCGUAUGACAUGGCUGAGGAUUCUGGGAGGGCAAAGAAAGCCUCAAAGAUAGUCCUGCAUUACAUGGAGCCCUCUGGCAAACACUUCUGCUCCUUCCUGUCAGAGGACCUCAUCGCCAAGGUGAAGGAGAACCAGGAGGCAGCAGGCGAUGAUCUGUUUGUAGCAGCAUGGGCCAUGCUGUUGGACUUCCUGCGAGAGACCCCCUACUCCUCCUUCCUGGAGAGCCUGUUUCUGAAGAGGUACCUGCAGUGGAAGUGGCUGGAGAUGCAGCCCAUGGACGCAGACUGGUUCCUGGACUUCCGUGUGCUGGGGAAAGGUGGGUUUGGGGAGGUGUCGGCCUGUCAGAUGAAAGCCACGGGGAAACUGUACGCCUGUAAGAAACUCAACAAGAAGAGGCUGAAGAAGAGGAAAGGCUUUGAGGGGGCGAUGGUGGAGAAGAAGAUUCUUGAGAAGGUUUACAGUCGCUUCAUUGUGUCAUUGGCGUACGCCUUCCAGACAAAGGAGGAAAUUUGUCUGGUGAUGACCAUCAUGAACGGAGGAGACCUCAAGUACCACAUCUACCUGGUGGAUGAGAACAACCCGGGCUUCGAUGAGCCCAGAGCCUGUUUCUACAUCGCUCAGAUCAUCCAGGGCUUGGAGCACCUCCACCAGAAGAGAAUCAUCUACAGAGAUCUCAAACCAGAAAAUGUGCUGCUGGAUAAUGAUGGGAAUGUGCGUAUAUCUGACCUGGGUCUUGCUGUGGAGCUGAAAGAAGGCAAAACACAGACCAAAGGAUACGCUGGGACUCCAGGGUACAUGGCUCCCGAGAUGCUGAAAGGAGAGAAGUAUGACACCUCAGUCGACUACUUCACUCUGGGAGUCACGCUGUAUGAGUUCAUUGCAGCUAAGAACCCAUUCAGAAACAGAGGGGAGAAGGUUGAACGUGAGGAGAUGAAAGAGCGGAUGCUAACCCGGGAGGUGACCUAUGAGGAAAACUUCAGUGAGAACGCUCGCUCGCUCUGUGACGGGCUGCUGGCCAGAGACGUUGAGAAGAGGAUGGGCUUCAAGAACGAAUGCUGCGAUGAGAUCAGAGCGCACGCUUUCUUCAGUGACAUCAACUGGAGGAAACUGAACGCAGGAAUUCUGCAUCCACCUUUCGUCCCGGACCCUAAAGUGGUGUACGCUAAAAGUCUGGACGACGUUGGAGCUUUCUCCUCGGUGAAGGGAGUGACCUUGGAUGAUCCUGAUAAAAGCUUUUUCGAUGAGUUUUCCUCAGGCAACAUCCCCAUCCCCUGGCAAGAGGAGAUGAUCGAAACAGGCAUCUAUGGAGAGCUCAAUAUUUGGGGUCCUAACGGCAGCAUCCCCAAAGACCGCAGGGAGUCUGUAAUGGAGCAGCAAAAGUCAUCAACCUGCUGCGUUUCGUAGAGUCAUCGAAACACCUUGAAAAUACUAAUAAUAAUAGACUUAUGCGUCAUGAAGACUCAUACACUCAGGAAAGACACAUCUCUUUUGGACUCACUAAUCUCAGUUCAAACUGUUUGUGACUCUUUAAUUACAUGUUAACAGUGAGUGCAGUAACACAAAUAGAAAGGAUGGUGAUUUUCAACUUGGAGUGGACUUUAAGUAAUAAUGUUAAAGGUUUUAUCCCCAAACUAAGUAGCACAAUGGUGACUUAGUCGUAUACCCCCCUGAUGAAAGCCCUGGGGUUUACACAGCAUUGCAAACCAGGGGUGUUUGGCGACACUUCCUGGAAAAAUCCAUUUUAUUGCGAUAGGUGCCACCAAAGAGAAGAACACAGAGAUCUUCCAGAUUACCCCUUAAAAUGUAGAUUUAGACGUUUAAAAAAGAACGUGCUGACAUGAUUUCCUCUUUGUCUUCUUUGCCGUUCUCUCAGUCUUUACUAUUUGUGUGUGCAUGUGUUAAAUGAAUGUAAUACUUUUAGGUUUAAAAUGCAUUUAAAGUAUAGACUUAUACUUUAAAUAGGGUUAGUCAUGUGGUACAUUCGAGUGAGAGUGACAUGUUGAACAAUGUUUAUUUACUUCUCUUGAAUAUGUGCUUCUAUAGAGUCUAGGUUGUUCUUAUUGAGUCUACUGUCUUUUAGUUUUAAUAUAAACAGCUAAAUCAACUACUGUUGCUGAAAUACUAAAAGCUACUACACCAGGAAUGUACAUUUUUUAAAAGAAAUUGUUAUAGAUUUAUUUAUUUGUUUAUUUCAUAGAUCAUAAUUUAAUCUUUGCACAAAGAAAAGAAACAAGAAGAGCAGAGCACCUUUCAUACAAGUAAAUAUAGUCAAGUUGUUAUGAAAUAAACCUAAAUAUAGAGACACGUUUACAGCAAAUGUUUUUAUUUUUGUUAAUUAGAUUAAAUC